UAGCGUAGGCACAGCUGUCAGCAUGUCUUCAUAACCUAACCUCAAACACAAAUAUCACGUUUUCAGAUUUAAUUUGAUAUUUAUUAGUUUUCAUCGAUACGUGUACGCACGUAUCAGGCAAAUAAAAAAAAAUGGGGCGGAAGGCAAAGUUUACCGAAGAAAAAACUAAGAAAGGACCAGGACGAAAGGCAAAAAAACAAAAAGACCCGAAAUUUCCAAAAGCAGCACUAGAUGAGCCCGAAAAGAAACCUUCGCAUCGUCAGAAGCAGAGGGCCCUUAAACGUAUACAAAAACGAGCCGCACGUAAAGAAAAAAUUAAGGAGAUAAAGAAGAUAAAGAAGGAGAAUGUGGUUACAAAGGAAUUGUCUCAGAAUGUCAAAAGUACGACAAUUAAACAGGUAAGCAUUCCGAACGGCUCCACAAGUAAACCACUUAAAAGGCCGAAGAACUUCGUUCACUAUCCGCAGGAGAGCGACGAGGAAGAGGAGCCUAAGGUUGACAUGAAAGGGUUUUCUGAUCAUAAUAAACAGUGGCUGAAGCCAAAGCAAGUAAAAACUGCAAUGUUUGAUAGCGAAGAGGACGAUUCUGACGAAGAGGAUGAAGAUCAAGAGAGCGAGGAGGACGCAAAGGUAACAUCAUUGAAUGACCUCUCAGAUGAGGAUGACGACGAAUUUGAUUCUGAUUCUAUAAAAGACGAAGACGAAUCUGAUUCUGAUUCGAUUAAGCUGGAAGAGGAUGAGGAAGAUGAUUUGUUACCUAUUGAAAAGGAGACAAAGAAAUUGAGAGCGAAACAGAAACGUGAACAGAAACUGGCAGAUGAAGAGCUGAAGCUUAACAUUGCAGGCCAGGAGGUAUUCCAAUUUCCGAACGAUGUGGAAAACGAGCAGAUGACUUUACAAGACAUUCAACAACGGGUCCGCGAUGUUAUUGUUGUUUUGGCCGAUUUUAAUAAGCUACGAGACGGCGAACAUUCACGGGGGGACUAUAUGGAGUUACUGCAGAAGGAUUUAUGUAAUUAUUAUAGCUAUAAUUUAUUUUUAAUGGAGAAAUUCAUGGAGUUGUUUUCGCUUUCUGAGCUUGUCGAAUUUUUGGAGGCAAGCGAAGUGGAGAGGCCACUAACAAUUCGUACAAAUACCUUGAAAAUACGACGGCGUGAUUUGGCUCAGGCACUUAUAAAUCGCGGCGUGAAUCUCGAUCCAGUCGGUCAGUGGAGUAAGGUGGGUUUAGUUGUGUACUCUUCCCAAGUUCCAAUGGGUGCGACUCCCGAGUAUUUAGCAGGUCAAUACAUAAUUCAAGGAGCAUCCAGUUUCUUGCCGGUUAUGGCAUUGGCGCCCCAAGAGAAUGAACGAAUUUUAGAUAUGUGCUCGGCACCUGGCGGUAAGGCUUCACAUAUUGCCGCCAUUAUGAAAAACACAGGAGUUCUUGUUGCUAAUGACGUAAAUAAAAACAGAAUUACUGCGGUUGUUGGUAAUUUUCAUCGGAUGGGUGUUAUUAAUUCCAUCAUCUCCACACUAGAUGGCAGGAAGUUUACUCAAACCACUACGGGAUUUGAUCGUGUAUUACUCGAUGCACCUUGCACUGGGACUGGGGUCAUCGCAAAGGAUCCGAGCGUGAAAACUAAUAAGGAUCAGCAGGACAUUCAACGCUGUAGCACUCUGCAGCGAGAACUUCUACUUGCUGCUAUUGAUUCGGUUAACUCAAAAUCAUCAACAGGGGGCUACAUAGUCUACUCUACUUGCUCAGUUUUAGUUGAAGAAAAUGAGGCUGUUAUAGACUAUGCGUUGAAACGUAGAAACGUCUGUUUAGUUCAAACGGGUCUCGAAUUUGGCACAGAAGGUUUCACAACGUACAGACAGCACAGGUUUCAUCCAAAUAUGAAAUUCACUCGACGGUUUUAUCCACACACGCACAAUAUGGAUGGUUUCUUUGUUGCGAAGCUAAAGAAAUUUUCAAAUGUAAUACCUAAACCACCUACAGUUGAGGAAGCUGUCGAGGAAGUGCAGGAAGUUUCAAUUGAAGACAUAGAAGAAAAAAUGAAUGUAAGUCCAUCCAAGGGUAAAAAACGAAAACACGGAGGGGACGUAACCGAGAAAAGUAAAAAGAGUAAAGUAAUGAAAGUCGAUCAACUUGGCACAAAAAAGGAAGGUAUCAAGAAGGUGAUCAAAAAAGAUGGUGGUGACGCCAAAAGUAAAAAGGUGAAAUUAAAGAAAGCUGAUCAAUCAAAAACAAACGACCUUAAGAAACCACCAACUAGUACAAAAUUGAGUAAAGAAGCUAAGACGGAUCUGAAGCAUCCAAAAAAACAAGCAAAUAAAUCGCCAUCGAAAACAAAAGUUGAGGAAGUUCAAGCAGAGAAAAAAGUUAAAGCAGUUAAAAGUAAAGAAGGUAAAUUGAAAAUGAAGAACCGAAACAAAUUGGGAAUGAAAGGUCAGGUGUCUACAGUUAAAAGUAAGAUUAAUAGCAAUAAGCUUACAAGUAAAAAAAUGUUCACAAAGAAAAGCUAAGUUUUUUAUUAAAUAAAAUGUAUAAACUGAA